AUGGCCUCCGAGACUCCUUUGCCAGACAGUGAGCUGCCCGUGAAGGUCGAUGUGCCGGACGUGAGCGCACCUCCGACCCUUGCUGAGCCAGCGAGCGGGCCUGUCGCCGAGAUGUCGGGGGCUCUUGGUGCAACCUCGGCCGAGGACAAGCCUACCGUCGAAGCUCCAGAGUCGGGUGUCAACGGCGCGACCGAGUCUGAACCGGCGCCUGCUACAGGCGACGCGACAGCUCCCACGGAAACAGCUUCAGAGCCUCCCAAGACGAGCACUGAAGAAACACUAGCUGCGGCUGAUACAAAGGUCGAGGAAGUUGCCGAAGAGAAGAAAGACGAGCCAGCUUCUGAGGUCAAGGCCGAUGAGGCUCCCGCGGAGACGAAUGGCGAUCCUGAUUCCAAGCAAUCCAGCAAGAGAAAAUCCGGCGCAGGCAUCCCAGAGCACAAAGGCAAGAAGCUCAACAAGAAGAAAUCGAUGCCUAAAAUCACACAUCUCGAUGCUAAGCCUGGCGAUCACUUCUUUGCUCGACUCAGAAGCUACCCGCCAUGGCCAUCCAUCAUCUGCGACCAGGAUAUGCUGCCCAGCAGCUUGAUCAACACACGUCCUGUAACGGCUAUGAAGCUCGAUGGCACCUACAACGAAGCCUAUGCGGACGGCGGGAAGAAGGUCAACGAGCGGACGUACCCCAUCAUGUUCCUCUACACCAAUGAAUUCGCAUGGAUCCCGAACACCGACCUUGGUGACCUCGACCCAGAAUACUGCAAGAAUGUGCCUGAGAAGGGCAAAUCGAAGUCAUUGCUCUCAGCUUAUGAGAUUGCGGCCGAACAUCAUGAUCUCGAAUUUUUCAAGAACAUGCUUACAGACCAUGCGAACGCUAUGGCUGAAGACGAGGCUCUGCAAGCAGAAGCUGCAGCAGCUAAGGCUGAGGCGAAAGCGAAUAAGAAUAAAGAGAAGAAGAAGCGAAAGAGCGAGGCCAAAGUCAAGGCUACUGAUGAUGACGACGAGGACGUCGAGAUGGAAGACGUUGACGACACAGCGGAGACUAGAAAGUCGUCCAAGAAGCGCAAGAAGGCGGCUGAGAGCGACGAUGACGAGCCUGAAAAGCCUACGAAGACUCCCAAGACUCAGAAGCUCAAGUUCACGACCGGCAAGACUCCAACGACCGAUAAGAAGACUAAAGAGAAGAGCGAGAAGCCGGCAAAGAGCAAGGGCGAAAAGCGCAAGUCCAAGGCUGCACCUGUCGAUGAUGACGAAGAGAUGCACGAUGCCCCCGAGAAAGAACCACCCAAGCCAGUCGACCCUGUCGCUGAGAAGAAGGCGCGAGAGAAAGAAGUUCUGUUCCUCCGGCACAAGCUCCAGAAAGGCUUCCUCUCUCGAGAUCAAGCGCCUCAAGAAGAAGAUAUGCCUCAGAUGGCGCAAUAUAUCAAGAAGCUGGAAGACUACGAAGAUCUUGAGGUGUCCAUCAUCCGCACCACCAAGAUCAACAAGGUCCUAAAAGCCCUCGUCAAGCUCAACUCCAUUCCUCGUGAUGAAGAGUAUUCCUUCAAGAAGCGAUCGGUCGAUCUCCUGGCUAAGUGGAACAAAGCUUUAGGUGCUGACCCGGCGGACGGUGAUGCCGCCGCUGAGGAGAAGGAGACUGCCAAAUCCACGCCUGCUACCAACGGUGUGCACGACGGCUCGGCUGAUGAGAAGCAGGAGGAGAACAAAGAUGAGCCGGCUGCUCCAUCAGCUCCAGAGAUUACGGCUACUGAACCACCGAAGGACGAGUCUGAGGCGAAGACUGAGGCUCCCGCAGUCACUGAAGAGCCAAAGUCUGAAGCUCCCGCUGCGUCCGCGGACGUGGCACAGGACGCAACACCAGCAGAAGGCAAUGAUACUGCGGCGGCUGCGGCUACCACUGCACCCUCGGAGUAA